AUGAACAUGAAAAUUUUAGUGAGGACAAGCUUUUUGAUUGGAAGCCUUUUAGUUGCAGCAGUUUAUUGGAUAUUUACAACCCGCGGUGGCGAGGCUACGCAGGAGAUAAUGUGGUCACCCGGUAGUGGUCUCAUAGAGCCAGAACCAUGGUUACAAAGUGCUGAUGGUGGAUAUGCAGGCUGGUCACCCGGGAGCAGCGCGUAUGCGGCAUGGUCCCCCGGUGCAUAUUUACAUUUGGUUCCUUCUACCACAACAUAUGUUCCUACUACGACUUCAACCACUCAGCGCACUAGGCGGACUAGACGAACAAGAUUACCCUCGCAUUUACCACCCGAUUCUGAUCCUGAUUCGCCUAAGCCACCAUCUUCGAUGUCGUCACCGGGUUCCGAAGAUGUCGACAACAACAACAAUGACAACAAGCAAUUUUCGCAGUUAUCGCAGGAACCUCAAGACUAUCCACAACCACCUGAGCUUGAUGUUAGUGAUGAAGAUAUAAAAGAAAAUUAUGACGAUGAUAAAAUACAUAAACCGCCGUCAGUAGUUAAUCAGCCACCACCGGAAGAGGACGAACCGACAACGGAACCAUCAAUGAUGAAAUCAGAAUACGAUCAACCAAACUGGAAAAGCAGGGAUCAAAACGAGGAAGCCUAUGAAGAAAAUCCACAAGACUUAGUGAAUACUCGACCACUGGAUAAGCUUCCUGUCGAGGGCUGGGGAUAUGAUUACGGCAAUUAG